ACAUUGCUCAUGACGAUUGCUAAUAAAGAUAAUUUAUGAUAGGUUUUACUCAAUUUAUAACUGUGAUAAUAUCAAACUUUUAUACGCAGCUUUUAAAAAGUAAAGAAUGCAGAAAGUGUUGUAUUUUGGCUUGUAUUUGUAAAUCGCUCGGUCACUCAGAGUGUGAUUCCACAGCCUUGCAGGGGUCAGAGGUCAUGCGUGUGAAUCGUCUCGGAAGUACAUCUAAACCGUGCUGCUGGUGUUUUUUUUUUUUUUUUUUUUUUUUUUUUAAACCUGGUCCGGUCCUGCCAUGUGGAUUAAAAAAAAUCAUUGAGUCUCAAAAAACCUUUGUAGUUUCUCCACGCAUUUAUUUUUAGCUUCUGGUAGUUUAUAUCGAGCUAUAUUACUACACAACUAGCUGUUUAUCGAGUGUCGCUAACUAGCCUAGCGUAGCUUUAGGUAGAGUUGGUAGAAGUUUGUCGUUUCAGUGAAAUAAGUGAAUCAGGGGUUAGAAAAUAAUAAGAUUUUUUAAAAAAUGCAGGAAAUAAUUGCCAACGCUGAUCACUUCAAGUUUGAUCUGGAGAUUGCGGUCGAGCAGCAGUUAGGGGCUCAACCGCUGCCGUUUCCAGGAAUGGACAAAUCAGGUGCAGCCGUGUGCGAGUUUUUCAUGAGAUCUGCAUGUCUGAAAGGUGGGAUGUGUCCUUUUCGGCACAUUAGCGGAGAAAAGACAGUGGUUUGUAAACAUUGGCUUCGAGGAUUAUGCAAGAAAGGAGAUCAGUGCGAAUUUCUACACGAGUAUGACAUGACGAAGAUGCCCGAAUGCUAUUUCUACUCCAAAUUUGGGGAAUGCAGUAAUAAAGAAUGUCCUUUCUUGCACAUUGACCCGGAAUCUAAGAUUAAAGACUGUCCGUGGUAUGACCGAGGGUUUUGCAAGCACGGCCCGGAUUGCCGACACAGACACACACGGAGGGUCAUCUGUGUUAAUUAUCUAGUAGGCUUCUGUCCUGAGGGCAAGUCCUGCAAGUUUAUGCACCCACGCUUUGAGCUGCCUAUGGGGACGAAUGAACAGCCACCUCUGCCUCAGCAAGCUCAGACCCAGCAAAAGCAAAACGCACAGAACUUGAACAGAUCAUCGUUGUCACUGAUCCAGUUAACCAGCAACAACUCCAUUGCUAACAUCAACCAUCAAAAACCUCCACACAUUCUCGGAGCUUCACAGCCUCAGAACAACACAGGCGGCUCCCGAGGCCCUCGUCCGCUGGACCAGGUCACGUGUUACAAGUGUGGAGAGAAGGGACAUUACGCAAACAAAUGCACAAAAGGACACCUGGCUUUCCUAAGUGGACAGUGACGUUCUUCUGCACCAUGUAUCUGCUAAUAAACUGCUGGAAUUUCAUCUCAUAAAAUGUACAAGGAGUGGUCUGUUAGCUUUUCAGUGGAGAAGUCACCGUACACUCGUGGACCAAAUCUGGUUCUCGGCCAAGAUCACUUCUGUGUGCAGAAUGAAGAGAAAAAGAAAAGGAAAAAAAAAAGUCAAGCUAGGCUGUUCGAGUUGAGUAAAGCAAUGUAUUGUUUUUAAUCUCACGAUUCUAUACUGGUGGGAAUCUAAUGUCUAAUGGGAAAUAAAAUAGUGUCCUGAAAUUCUUCCUCCUUACAUAGGGGAAAUUAACACUUUUUAGCAAAAUGUAACUUUUUUUUUUCUUUUUCAAUGUAUCCUCUGCAUGAUUUCUUUGUGAACACACAGAGUCGUAGUCUCUCCCACUCAUGGUGAACUCAUGUUGUGUGUGUAAUUGCAUGUCAAAUCUCAACCUUGAGACAGCUUCCUGAUCCAGCCAUGAACAGGAUUUCAAUACGUUCUUCUUUGUCAAAGGUGUUCUUAAAGGCUAUCUGGGGGAGAAAAAAAAAAGGGUUCAUUUCCCCCUAUGUAUGGAGAAUUUUGGGACAUGCUGUUUUGUGAAUGCUUGCAAAAAAAUUUAAGAAAAGAAAAAAAAAAACUAACUGGAGAUGAAUGUCAUACUGUUCAAAUUCAGUGUUACACAGCAUUCAUUAACACCUACAAUACUACAGUCAGGUUUCAGAAAUAGUACCAGAAGACUAAAACGGCAUUACUUGAUUUGAGUUUUGAUCGGAUAUAAUUUUUACUGUAUGCAGUAGCUGCCUUUUUUUUUUUUUUUUUUUUUUUAAAUGAACCUUCUGAAUUUACAUGGCAGUCGACUUUCCGCUGUGGAUUUGGGUUUGAAUGAAAUGAGUGAUUUGUUGAGAAACACUUCCUGUGUCCUAGUCAGUGAACUUCCAUGAAAGAUGUACCAGUUACGUUACUUAUAAAUUGUAAAAGUUGAGGAAGUAGAUGUUAGUACUAAACCUUAAGAAAUUCACAGUGAAAUUAGAUUUUUUUUUUUUUGGUAGUGUAGAACAGCUGAUUUUAUGUCAGAAUGUCACGAACAUAUUCAACACUUAAAAAUUAUUAAAAAAAUAAUAAAACCAACACAAAAUCAC